GUUCAGUUCAAUUCAAUUAUCAUAACGCACAAAAAUACAGCAAGCAUGAAAUCGAUUUUUGCAUUUUUGACUUUAAUGGUCAUCAUCGAACUCACGUGUGGCUAUUAUUUGCCCAUCGAUUUAAAUGUGUACAAUGAACCAUGUGGAUGUAAUAGCGGUGCAAAAGUUGCGAAUCCCGAAUACAACGACAACUCACAUCUAGCGGUAGUACAAAGGGAUGUCAAACGCAAAUUCGUUCGUGAUGUUGAACAAUCAAAAGAAAGCAAAACCAAAUUAAAACUAAAAUCCUCCAACGGUUAUGAUGCCAAACAGCGUAAAUUUCCAAAUGAAUUCAAGGACUCAAAAAACCAAUUAACUUCAUCAGUAGCUCCCGCAGUGAAUACAAAAGUGGAACUUGCUAACAAUCGUGAUGAUUCGAUUGCUUUCAUGCGGUUCCAUGAAAAUCAAAUUCCAAAUAGCCAAGCGUUACCAGCACAACCGAUCAAAUUCGGCGACAACCUUAGAAUGGCCAUGAAUGGCCUGGAGAAAACUGGAUCCAAGAUCAUAGAAACUUAUAAUAGCAUAAAAGACUUAGCAAAUCGUAAAGCGUUCUAGAUAAAGUUUGUUUUUAGUACAGACAGUGUUGUAAAAUAUGUCAUUCAAUAAAAUGUGCCCUUUUUGAAAUCACGAA